CUAGCAGUGACUUUUCCUAACAAAGUUUGAUUGCAAAAAUUAUGUUAAAUAGGAAAUAUUUGCUACUAUAAACUGUUUUACGUCUUCAAGUAAAGAUUUUUUACACCACAAAUUGUAUAGUUCUACUUUAAGAGUUAAAAUGAUAAAGAAGAGCAAUUUCUUCGCUGUUGUAAUUUAAAACCCAAACUUUGUGGUGCUUAUUUUGGUAGCGUUCUGUAUUAUUAAAACCUUCAUUUGAAAAAUGCAAAGAUAGAAACGACUUAAUUAAAAGUCAUUAUUCAGAUCCUUUAUAAUCGGUAUUUAGGCGCAAGCACCUAAACAAACUGCAGGCUUUUGUUCGCUUGUGUACAAGCUCUCAAAAGACGAUUUAUACUAUUCAAAUGCAUUCGGCCAACGUUCAGUUGCGAUUACGACGUAAAUCCAAAGCUGUCACUGUUGCUUUGACGAUGGAAAUUGAUUAGGCUUGGAUUUUAUCGCUCUCUCAUUUCUCUUUCUUCUGAUACUCUACAGGAUUCAAAAUUUCACUAUUAAUAGAAAUUGGCGUCCUCACUAGUUUAGUAAUAGGUAAAUAUCUUCUCUCCUUACUUCCUCUUAACUAAAACCUUACUAGGUUUGAGUUAUUUAAAAAAAUGCCAAUUUUUAGGCAAAGUUUUUCAAAGAAGUUUUGCUAUUCUAAUAAUUUUACUUUUCAAAUAAAAACCUAAUAAUAAUACUUUGCAACUGUAAAGUUUCUAAAUACAUAUUGCUUUGAAAUUGAUACUGCAAGCUGAAUUAUAAUUGUCAAAAUUUUCAGACCUAAAAAACAACUUGUCGAUAUCAAUUAUAAACGGAACGUAAACCUUUUGUCUGUGUUUGAUUAAAUGUUUUCAGACGUUUAAUCUGAUUAAAGAUUUACAACAUUGGUUGGAAAUGACACUUUGACGACGCUAUGGGAGAUGGUCAAGACAAAGUUAAAACGGAUAACUCAAGGAAACAAUGGACUAAGUUACCUAGUGUCAAUAAAGUGAGCUUCUUGAUAAACCCUAGCUUUGACUCAGCAAAGCUUAAGAGGUAAAAUUAUUUAUUUUAGUUUAUCAUUCUAUCAGUAGAUGGCGUUCAUAUAACAAAUUUCAAGUCGGUAUAUUGUUUAUAGAUCUUUUAGUUAGAUAAUUAAAAUUUCAUAUAAUUUGGAUAGUUUAUUUCUGGGAAAAUUGUAGCACUAUACCUAAGUCUGAAAGUAUUUUAAAAAAAAUUGUCUUUUCAGUUAUGUUAAUCUCAUAGUUCAACAACAUGUAUUUACUUAUCGAAUAAAACGCAAAAAAAAUAUGGCAUUUAGUGAAUUUAUGCUAUUAUUUUUGCUACUUAAAAAUUGUAAUAAAUUUAACUAUUCAUGUCAUUUUGCGAUGAAAUCUGAUAGUAAAAGCACUGAUGAAAAAGAAUUUGAGGUAGGUUAGGCUAGGUUUUAACCAGCUUAUAGAAUCAGUGCACAAAACCCAUAAAAUUAAUUGCCUAAGCACAAAUCUAAUAUGAGUAGACUUUUAUUGCUUCAAUAUCGCACCCUUGUUGAAGUGAAUGGAUUAAUUUUGGUGACUCGUGAGUUGCUUAUUCUGAAAAAAGAACACUCGUAGUUAUGUGUUGAAUAUGAAACGAGUUCCUUCUCGACAAAAAACUGUCUCUUUUUCGGAAGACGACUUUUCCUCAAGACCAACCACAGAAUGGAGUAAUGGAACCAAUUCAUCAAGAGCUCAAAGUUCCAAGUCCGAAUGUCGUCUUCCACGUUUUGAUAACCAUGGGCAACAGAGAUUAAGUAUUCGAAGUAAUCAACAAAGAAUUUGUAGUGCAUUUCCAAGACUAAUAACGAAUGAGAAAGUUUUACAAAAUGAUACGGCUCCCUUCCAUGUUGUUUUUCAGCCACAAGCUCCCCCAAACACAACUAGAUUCGAAAAAAGUUUUUCGAAUGUUAACUCUUUAUUAGAUUCAAUAAUUUUCCAAAAAUUAGAUGGAUUGCAAAGAAAUAGCUAUGACCAGAGAACUUUUAAAGGUGGACUACCUGAUCCAAAAAAGAAAUCACAAGUGUCUGUUAUUAGUGCUGGCCAAACAGCAAAGAACACUGCUGGACACAAAUACACAGCAUAUGAUAUUGAUACAAGUGACAGGGAGCAGUUAUCUCAAUCUCUUCCUGACAAUAAUACUCAAGAACCUGUUGAUGCACCAAGACUAGCAAUAUCGGCUCCAAAAGAAAGACUGUCGAAAAAGACAAAAGUUUUCGUUAAUGUUAAGCCUCGAAUUAACAAUCUAGUCAGUGGUCAAUAUAAUCCAGAAGAAAAAACUAAAGGAAGAAGUAUUACAAAAAAUGGAAUUGAAGACAAACAAAGAAAAUUUACUGAAACAGUUGCUCCGGAAAUGAGAUAUGAAACUCCUAAACCCCCUUUGUCCCAGUCAAAGGACAGUAAAAUGAAACCAGAAAAAGGAUUUGUUUUUCAUGCUAAAACUUCGCAUUCAACGGCUCCUACUGUCCCAGAAAAAGAAAAACCAAAAGUCGUUGUGAAGUUACCAAAGCCUAUGUCCAGGGAUGCUUCAAUUGUUAAGGAAGAAGAGUUUUCGCAAAAAGAUGCAAUUGAAAGAUCACAGACUAUGGUGUAUGAGCACAAAAAACGUAUUCCAACAGCGAGGUUGAAAACGGCUAUUAAGCGAUCAAAAACGCUGCUAAAUUUCAGAGAGUUUUGGAAACAAGUCGCUAUGAAAACCAAGAAAGAAAAUAAAAUUCUGCCAUACACAGCAACUGAUGCAGCUGACAUAUACUUGGCAGCAUUAGAAGCGGCUACGACUAAACUUAUGAGAGAAGAUGAAUCUAAUAAACAAGAUAUACUUCCUUAUGAAGACCCUUUGAGGACUGUCCCACCCUGGCACAGGAAGGAAUAUGUAUUAAAUGAGAGAGAGAUUGAUAUGUAUAAUCACCUAAAGGUAAUAUAUGGUGACAAGACAACGAUGUUGAAAAGAUGUCGUCAACAAGAGUUUUAUGAGAAGUUAGAAAAAUUACAACAGGAAGAGACUAAAAAAUAUAAUUCAUUACUUAAGGACAAGAAGAAACAAAGAGAGAAAUCAAAAUUAAAGCAGCAGCAACAAUUAAAAUUUGUUCGCAAUAAAUUUGAGGAAGAGCAAGUUAAUCGUUUUCGAAAUCAGUAUGUAACAACAAGAAUUUUACAGCAUGAAUGGACUACUAGACAUAUAUACGGUCUUCCUGAGGAUCUGGGAGAUGAUACUGCUACAUCUAGAGUUAAAAGAAAAGUGGAAAGAGCUAAGGAGAUACCAGAUGAUCUUAGGGAGCAAAAUAUUCGAAGAUUUAGAGGACUAUUCGAUGUUCAUUGUGGUUUGGCACUAGCAAAUAUGAAGCCACCAAAAUUUGGUAAAAAAUCAAAGAAGCUACCAACAGAUGAUGUUGUGAGAGACGCUAGGAAAAUGUUAGAUGAAACAAGCGAAGACGAGGAUUCAACAGACAAUGAGGACGAAUCAUAUUCUAACGGGGCUGAUAACAAACUUACAGCAAAUCGAUCAUACUCCAAUAAAAAAUAUAGUAAAAACCCUAGUCGUCAAACAUAUCUUUCUCCCUAUUAUUCUACUUUAAGAAAACCUCAAUCAAGGAGAAUGACUGAAUCUCUUGAUAAAGAAAACAAAAAACCUAAAAAAACUAUAGAAACCAAACCAAAGUUUAAACUUGACAUGAAAUCGAAUGCUAAUAACUAUAAAAAGUCGUUUAAACCAAUAAAUGAUUUGACCAAGAUUGAGGUUUCAAAUUCAUCUAACAAAGCACCGGAUAAGAAAAAGAAUGUAAAAUUCGUUAAACCAAAUACUCACUCCAAUCAAAGAAUAAAUAACAGAGGAAAAAUUUCAGAACGAUCAAAAAUGAAAGAUCAAAAUAAUUCACCAAGCGAUGAAGAUAGUAAAGUUGAAGAAAACAACGAGAGCACUGAAAAUACGAAAACAGCUGAUUCUAGACAAUUAACCCCUGAGCUGAAACAGGAUAUAGCACAAGGUCAUGAUCCUACUCCAGUUCAAUCAGCAUCUACUCUCAGAGGAGAGCUUAACACAAAUGAAACAAAGGUAGAGUCCAUACCUUAUAUAUCAGAGACAUCAUCUGCAAGUCCAGCGUCAAACGUUAUCCAGAAUGAGUCGCCACCUACGAAUGAACAACAGCAGAAGAAUGAGGAAAUAGAUCCAAAUCAACUUGAUAGAAAUGCCACUGAAGCAAAUAACCUAAGCUACAGCGAUCCUAAGGAAGGAUCGGCUAAAUCUAAAAGGGAGAAUUCAGAAGAAAAGUCCGAACAGGAAAAUAAUUCGGAGAAUACUGCAAGUGAAGGAAACAGUUUGUUUAAUUCAAAAAGUCCUAAAGGAGAGAAUAAGAUACCUGAGACUGAAAAGAGUAGUAAUCAGAAUCCUAAUCCUGAUACAACAGACCAAUCCGUCACUCAAGCUGAAGCAGAUAAUGAGGAAAAGUCAACACCUACUGAAGAGUAUACAAACACAAAUGACGAAAAGUUUGAAAAAGAAGUUUUAAGACCCACUUCUUCCCACUCUAAAGAUCAAGAGUCUUAUAAAGAGCAACCAAUAAUCGCUGAUAAAACUGGUGAACCAUUUGAACGUCAAUCUAACAAGCUUUCACUAAAGGAGCCAAUUGAGAAACCUGAUGAAUAUCCUGAAAGUCAAGAAACAGACGACCUUAAAAAGAAAGACUUGAAAUCAGCUGCUAUAAAACCUAAGAAGGAGAAAAAAAAUAUAAGCUCUGCUGAUAGUAGGAAACCCAAAAAGAAUUCUGAAAAAGUUAAAAAAGAAGAAAAAAGCCCAACUAAGCUUCCAGAUAAGAAACAAAACGAAACAAAGGGUCUAACUAAAAAUAUGAACGCUCAUGAUCCCAAACCAUCGCUAUCUUCCAAAGAAAAACACAAAUUCCAGAAACCAGCAAAUAGUUCUCACCAAGAAAGAACUAAAGAUUCUAAGUUAAAAAAAUUACCUUCUAGAGAAAACACUAAAGAACCCAUAAUUCUUCCGAAAAAGGAUAUGGAUGGCGAUCGAGUCGAGCUUGAUUCUCUCGACUUAGGUUAUAGUGAUGAGGAAACAGAAGACAUAUUUGAGCGAGCGAAAAAGAAAUACGGAAUUCAAAUAGACAGUGAUGAUGACUAA